UUGGUCGUGCAACACAAGUGAUUCAAUUCUCCAAGCUUAUAUAGCUUUAUCUACAGGAAUCCGGUAUAUAAACGGGUGGCACACAGAUAUGCUCUCCAGGUUCCUCCCCGCCCUCGUGGCUCUGGUCGGUCUGACCAACUGCUUCCACUACCAAGACUCUGAACCCUACAAUCACCUCCUUAGUAAUUUAUACCGUCUGGCCGAACUGGAACCAGCUGAGGACGUGUACGAGCCAAUCAAAGGCCUGGAUAACCGAGAUGCUGGAUGGCCAGACGUUGCAUACACGGAUAUAUUGAAUGAGGCUCAGCUGCGAGACCAAGAAUAUGAGCCGCAAAACCCUCUGUAUGGUUAUCAGUAUGUGUCAGGUGGGGCAGGUGAAGGAGAACAGCACUUGAGUCCUACAGGAGAGCUGAAAAACAAGCAAGAAGUGAAGACAGACAAGGUCCUUCCAGCCUAUUGUAACCCUCCUAAUCCCUGCCCUGUCGGAUACACAGAAAAAGACGGCUGCGUGGAGAACUUUGAGAACACAGCAGAUAGCAACCGUGAAUUCAACGCCAAGCAAGAAUGUGCCUGCGAUGCUGAACAUAUGUACAAAUGUCCCAAAGGUAGUAAACAGAUAAACACCAAAUCUGGUGAGGAACCCAGUCCAGAUGUCAACGAGCUGAACAAGGUCAUGGAACAGCUCGGAGAACUGGACGAUCCCGACAGCGCUUUUCUCCACCCUUAUACUAAUGGCGAGAAGAGACAUUCUAGAGUGGCUAAGAAAUCCCCAAUUCGGAUUAGCAAAAGAUCCGGCAUGGAUAAUUUUGUCGCCGAAGGGAUGGGAAAUCCGUAUUUUAUGGGAGCGAGAUUUCACCAGGUCGCAAAGAAAUCACCGACAUAUUUAGGAUGAAGCCAAGACUCCAUAUAAGCAAACUUAAAAAUAGGGUCUAUAUAUUUUAUGUAAUAUAUUCGAGGGCAUAAAAUCGAAAAUCUAAGUUUUCAUCCAUUUUUUUUUUUUUAAAUUGCUUUCUGUCGGAUCGUGAAUUUUGUUUAAAAUACUUUUGCUAGAGUCUGACUGGAAGGAGAAUUAGGGUGUUUAUGACCAGUGGAAUUCAGACUGUUUU